AUGAGAGUGACAUCAGACAAAUCCCUCAGACUUGUGCUUUCCACCUUCAAAAAUUUACGUGAAGAGCUUUGCCAUCUGCAGGACGACUUGGGGAAGUUAGAAACCGACAACGUCUUACUUAAGAAGGAUUUGGCUUUUAAAGAUUCUCAAGUACAAGAAUAUGAGACCAUGCUGAGCUCCCUGAGAGAGAAUAACCGUCAGCAGCAGCAAGGGCUGAGGGACAGCACUGCCAAGUGCCGCUCGCUGGAGGAGCAGCUGCUGGCGCUGCGGCUCAGCGAGGGUGAGAAGGAGUGUCAGCUGAAGGAGCUGGAGUAUGGCAAGCGCGCCCUGGAGCAGGAGAUCCAGAGCCUGAAACUGCAGAGCUGCUCCAGCCCAACGCUCCAGACCAGCACGGACGAGCUCUCCAGCCGCUACGUGGAGAUGAUCAACAACCUGAGGGAGGACAAAGACCGCGAGAUCCGCAGCCUCAGGACGCAGUUGUGCCAAUUCCAGCAAGACAUAUCACGGAGAGAAGGGAAUAACAGCGACCUGCAAAUGAAGCUGCAUGAACUGACAUCAAUGUUGGAAGAGAAAGAUGCUUUUAUUAAACAACAGCAAGAGGACCUUUUCAGAUUGAAGCACGAGAAAUUAUCAGGCAGUCAGUCCCCUGGUGUCACAGCAGUCAUCACCAAGAAGUACAGGAAUCAGUACCCCAUUCUGGGCCUCCUCUCUGAUGACUACAAGGUCACGUCACCUGUCAAUAAAUCACAGACGAUUGUAAUUGAGAGGACUGGAGAGAUAUGGAAACAUGAAUGAAAGAAAUGUCUAAAACAUGAGAGCUGCUCGAAGGAGUUGACCAAGGACCAAAACUGCUUUACUUUCUGCUAUUUUGCAUCUGAAAGAGGUUCAGUCUGACAUUGAGACAGGCUGGAGAACACGAGGGACAUGGAAGCACAAAGAUCAUAGAAACCACCACCUCAUCCCAACCAUAAAGAGCUCAGGUACCCGUGUCCAUAACCUGCCACUGACCCCUGCAUACAGGUGUUAUUUGCACUUUUCCACGCACUUACUUUUUGCUCAGAGAGCAGUGUGUCAGUCAUCCUUUUGUGGGCUGCUGUUCUUCAGCCAGUCCUGAAGCAAUCUAAGAGACAAAAGGAAGAUGUUUGAAACCUUUUCCUCUUGGCAGUAGUAGCCCUGUUCUGUCCUGUUUGCUCAUGCUGCCAAGUGGGAAUGACACACAUGGAGGUCCUGUAUGUACUGCAUGGCUGCUGUCAGUACACACUCACCCACAGAUCUACGGCUGCCUGCUGGGGGUGGAGCAAACCCCAGUAGUAACCUUCAUGGGGACCUUUAAGAAUACCUCACUGCAAACUGCUGACCUGGUGCCUGUGUCUGGAAAACCAACAUCACAGGAUAUCCCUUACUCCAGACAGAAAACACCUGAGAUUUGGCUGCUGAGCUGGCAAGUCCCAGAGUUGCCUUGUUCAGGGGACUGGUUGGGCAAAUGCUAAUUUAUUGGCCUUGAUGAAUCUCAGGUGAACCAUUGUAAGUCCCAAAGUAUUUACUGUGCUUGAAAAUGUCAAGAAAUCGGUAUAUUUUUAUACAGAAAUACUUAGUAUGAAAACAGUUCAUUGACUAAAUUCCAUUGUUAGAAACAACCUUUCAUUUACAAUUUUUGCGCCUUACAGGACCACAGAAAUUCCCUCCAAAUGCUUUGGCAUUAGGAACCAAGUAAUUGUCUAAACAGUGCAGUGCAGAGACUCACAGGGGAAGUUUUAACUAUGCAAUCAAAAGGUGCUUGCUCUUUGUCACGGGGCUCUUGCUUUGCUUUAUUGCUGCAGAUCUAUAUUUCUAGUCACAAAUCAUGUAUAUGCUAGACAAUGUCUAAUGGUGAAAGAAGGCUGUAGGCUCUGUGUAACUAUAAAAUAAACCCAAGUGUAAUGUUCUGAA